CGAGGCAGCAAAGCAGGCACCAACAUGCAGAUCUUUGUAAAAACCCUGACAGGCAAGACCAUCACUCUUGAAGUCGAGCCCAGUGACACCAUCAAGAAUGUCAAGGCCAAGAUCCAAGACAAGGAAGGCAUCCCACCUGACCAGAAGAGGCUGAUAUUCGCUGGCAAGAAGCUGGAGGAUGGCCACAUUUUGUCUGACUACAACAUCAAGAAAGAGUCCACUCUGUACAUGGUGCUGAGCCUGCAAGGCAACAUCAUUGAACCAUCGCUCCUUCAGCUCACCCAGAAGUGCAAAUGUGAGAUGAUCUGCCUCAAGUGCUACACAUGCCUACACCAUGGUUCUGUCAACUACCAUAAGAAGAAGUGCAGCCACACCAACAACCUGUGCCCCAAGGAGAAGUUUAAAUAA